AUGACUACGCCUAAUGAAAACGAUGAGGCACGAAAUAACCCUGCCUUUUCCCCUGUCCAUGCUCUAAAACAGAUUCUUGAAUAUUUCAAUCGCGUGCCUUCCAAAUGGAAUAUUUUAAACUUCUUAGAUGAAGGUGAUCCGGAACAAUUUGAUCAGAAGAUAGGGCUAUACCUUAAAUCUCUGGAAAAAAUCUCUAAUAAAGAAAAAGGCGAAAGACAACAAAAAGCACUUAUCCUGCUCGAAAAAUACAGAAUGGCAAGUGUUGCCUGGUGUUCAAGGCUAGAAGCUGACCUAACAUUGGCCCCACAGGGCGCGGGCAAUCUAGAAGGUUGGCCGAGUUUAAGGCUAAAAGCUGAACAUGGUGCCCGACCUGAUUAUCAUUUGGCGAGAAAAUGGAAAAGUGAGCAUGAAUCAACUAGUCCCAUUGGUGGACCUUCAGUUCACCUUCAUAAUCCAACAUUUACGGGAAAUCCUUUGGUGGGAAAUUCUGGAAGCAUUAAUGGUGGGACUUUUAAAUUAUCCGUAGAAAGUGUGCCAAAAAGGAAAAAGAACAAUGAUCAUGAAAAGGGCGAUGAUAAAGUUCCAAAACGAACAAAAACUAUUGAUAAAGCAGAAAAUAUAGAUGAUAUUAGGACAGAUUCAGAAUAUGAUGAGGCAGAUUUAAACUACGACGACGAUUUAGAAUAUGAUGAUGAUGGUGUAGACUAUAGUAACUACGAUAUCGAUCCAAAUAUUGAGUUAUCAGAGAAACAGAUACCAGUCCAAAGUCACUUAAAGUACCCCAAUAAAGACAGUCCAGACAACAUUUGGAAAUUGCCUUCUGGCAAAUCUAUUGAUAAAAUAAUUCAUGGCCCUAAAAAUCUGCACAAAUCGCACCCGUCAUGUCUAGGUAUUAUACGCAUUGGAUCAAAAAUCAGGAAGCCGGAAUGGAUUAAGCAAGAGGAUUGGGAUUAUUUAAAUUCAAGUGUUGAAUAUCCGCAUUAUAAUUUAUCAACUGAAGUUGAAGAUCUAUUCAGUGUACUAUUAGAAACUAAUUCAUUAAAUGAGUAUAAAAAUUGUCUUUAUAAUGUCACAUUUGACCGUGAGAAAAAUAUAGGAAUGACAUUUGUAACCGAUGUCUUAUUAUGGUUUGCAAAAAACAUAUUCAACACUACAUCGGCUUUCCAUAGUAUAAAUAAGAAUGAAGCAUUGUUGGGAUCGCUUAUGAUUCAUCCAGUACUACAAUACCUUGUGAAUUCAACCAAUCACAUUAUAUACGUGCCAGGUGAGAUUUAUCUUAAAGCUAGUGCAAAGCAGCGAUUAUUACGACGUAAACUCAAACCUGAUGAUGAACCCUUGGGCAUGAAAGUUGAUGGGCUAGAAAUUGGCAUGGUUGAAUUAUCCGGUGGAUACUUAACCAAGGAUACACCUCGUUAUUUAAAGGAUCACAUAAAGGGAAAUUGGGGAUGCCGUGAUCUCCUUAAUGAAAUAAUUACAAAAUACAAUCAUGGUGACUAUAAAAUUCUGAGACGUUUACGUGUUUGGUUUUUCCAUAUACAUGGUCUUGAAGUACAAAUAUGGGGCAUGGAUUUGCCCGUUGCAAAAACUUACCGAAUGUUUCUUAUUGGUGCCUUUUAUCUUCCAAUCAGUUGGGAUAACCAUUAUGAACUGGUUCACGCGUUAAGGGUUUUGCGAAAUCUUAGGAGAGGUUUAGAUGAUUUUCUUGAGGUACUCGAGGAACUCAAAAAAUCACAUCGCCGAAAUACAAUUAUACGCUUUCAAUCUUCAACACUAAAAAGAUAUAUAGGUGAUGCUAAGAGUUCACCGCAAAAACCUACGGGAAAAAAAAUCACGACAUUCUGGCCCUCGCCAAUUGCUAUUACUAAUGAAUGGGAAGCAUCUACAAAAGAUAUUUCACCACUAACCGAAAGCCAUUCUCCAGAAAUAGAACAUAAGCUCGACCCAAUCUGA